UGUCCCGUCUGCGCGCAGCUCAGUCAGACAGCAGAGAGCAGCUGCAGCAGAAGGCUCGUGUUAAGUUUCACUGCAUUGCGAUUUCAAAUAUCGAUUAUUUUACCCACAUAAGCCACCCGAAUAAGCUUGACUAGGCAACCAAAUAUCAUAGAAGAAAAUGGUUGAUCGCGAGCAGCUGGUGCAGAAAGCCAGGCUGGCUGAACAGGCUGAGCGGUAUGAUGACAUGGCAGCUGCUAUGAAGUCGGUCACAGAGCUGAACGAGGCCCUGUCCAAUGAGGAAAGGAACCUCCUGUCAGUGGCCUACAAGAACGUGGUGGGCGCCCGUCGCUCCUCCUGGAGGGUGAUCUCUAGUAUUGAGCAGAAGACCUCUGCUGAUGGCAAUGAGAAGAAGAUUGAGAUGGUGAGGGCCUACAGGGAGAAGAUCGAGAAGGAGCUGGAGGCCGUGUGCCAGGAUGUGCUCAACCUCCUGGACAACUUCCUGAUCAAGAACUGCAGCGAGACGCAGCACGAGAGCAAAGUGUUCUACCUGAAGAUGAAAGGCGACUACUACCGGUACCUGGCUGAGGUGGCCACAGGGGAGAAGAGGGCCACCGUGGUGGAGUCUUCGGAGAAGGCCUACAACGAGGCUCACGAGAUCAGCAAGGAGCACAUGCAGCCCACCCACCCCAUCCGCCUGGGCUUGGCUCUCAACUACUCUGUGUUUUACUACGAGAUCCAGAACGCCCCGGAGCAGGCCUGCCAUCUGGCCAAGACCGCCUUCGAUGACGCCAUCGCUGAGCUAGACACCCUCAACGAGGACUCCUACAAAGACUCCACUCUCAUCAUGCAGCUGCUCCGAGACAACUUGACACUGUGGACAAGUGACCAGCAGGACGAUGAGGGAGGCGAGGGCAACAAUUAAAGAGAAACCACACUUCAAAAAAAUUUGAGAAAAUCCUGAAGGGCCAGUGGACUUUGGCAGCUGCUAUUGCCGAUGAUACUACCGCAGCAGCAAUUCUUUAUUUUUCCAUGUGUUAAAUGAAAAGAAUCAAAAGAGGGGUGAGAGUGGAGGUUAAAUCUUAGUUUAAAUAUAUAUAGAGAGAAAUAUAUAUAUACAGUUGAAAGGGGCCUCCGUCUUCUUGAUUUUCUCUUUGACAUUUGCCAAAACCAUGGAGGUGUCAGUCAGUCAGCCUGAAGUGGUUAUGUUGGAUUGAAACGGCAGCCUCACACUGGCAUAGGAACCGAUUUUGUUCCGUCAAGAAAAGCUGCUUACUUAGGUUUUUUUGCGUGAUAGAGAUGCAUUUGAGUCACACGAGAGAGAAAAUGCUUGAAUGGGAAUGCCUCACUUAACUCGUUUGCAUUGGUUCCAGUUCCAGACUCCACAACGAGAGAAAAACCUUUGGUGUCACGCUCAUCAGAAGAAAGUUCCAAACCAGUAAAGCCCACGCUAAAUUUUUGAAGAUAAAUAACACGGCAUUGAAAAAAAGAUGGAUUUGACUAAGGCUCUUCCCUUUGAAAAAAAAAAAAAAAGAAAAUCCAAACAUUUGGUGGAGGAGUCUGUUAAAUGUCACUGGAACCAUCCGAUUCUUUUGGAGGUGAAGAUCAUUGACGGGAGAGACUUAUAAAGACUUAAAAAAAAUUAAGAUGAAAAGCAGCUUCAGAGUUUGUGGUUUACUUCUGUGUUUGUUUUAUUCAAUGCACUUGCCUACUAUACUGUUUCUUCAGUGUAAGACAACAAUAAUAUCGAUUAUUCAGUAUUGUGCAUGCUGGUGAUGUAUUUAUAUACAGUAGCUUGACUUUAUAAACUUAUACUGUGGGUGUUGAGUAUUCAUAUGAUUGAGAAAAACACGCUUUAUUGAUUUCUAAUUUAUUUCACUUUGACUAUGGUUUAUGAUUUGCUAUACCAAAUGGUGGUGGUAAAAACCUUUACCUAUAAUGGGCGUUGCUAUAGUAACAUGUGUAUUUUGUUUGUUAAAGAACAGGGGGAAAAAAAGAAAAGAAAAACCCACCAGUUCUCACUUAAUCUUACCAGCUGGUGUUUGUCUCAUUAAAGUAUGAUAACGGUAUUUUUGUUUUUUUUAACAGUUUUGUUUUUGUCAUGCUUUUGAAUUUUAAUAAUGGUGAAUUUUUGCAGGCUUCAGUGUUUCUGUUAUAAACUCACAAACAUGGACCAUGAUUUCUUUCUGACAGUUCACUAUUUUUCUUCUUUUUUUAUACCUUUUAGCUGUUCCUAAGUGACAAAAUAUCUUGAAUGUGAGUCAUUAUGUAGCAGUUGCACAAGAACCGAAAUAAUAGCUAUGAUAAUAAAAAAAGCUUAUGACUAAAAUUA